AUAGAGUUCAGGGAGGCAAGUCAGUUUUAUGAAUGUCUGACUGACACUAGACAUUUAUAAAAUGCCUGGGAAAUUACAGCAGGGGUUCAUUAAAGGCCGAACAGGUGUCUGGUAAUACUGCUGGUUCCCUCACUGUUUCUCUCCUCUGUGCAACACUGAUGCAUUGCAUUUCCUACCAGGAAAGCACUGAAACAUUUCACAGUGUAGCACUGGAUCACAGCACACAAAAUGAGGAAGUACAGCUCUGAUUAUUUUGAAUGUGAAAAUGAUUUGAUCAGAUAAUUUGUUUUGUUUUGUUUUUUUACACCCUCUGACAUCAGAGUACAGGUCCAACAUCUCACCAAACCACUUUUUCUUCUGUCUUUCCACCAGUGUGGAUGUUCACAACAGCGAGGACCACCUGCAUCAGACAGCCACAUACACAAAACACCACAUUGUUCUACAGAACUGAGAAAUGGCAUUAGCUGGAGAAAAUGAGGAGAUAUAUGCUGGUUACCUGUACAAGUCCCCCCAAGCAAGCCUGUUUAAAUUACAGAAAUCAUGGAAGAGGAGGUAUUUUGUUCUUCUGAAGAAAAGUAAAACUACAAGCCAUCUUAAAUAUUUUAAAAGUGAAGAAAUGAAGAGAGGUGAAUCACUUGGAGCCAUUGAUCUGUCUCGGGUCUCAUUGAUGUUUCUUAAUCCUGAGAGCCACUCUAUGUGGAAAUGGGUCCAUGAAAAUUUCAGGUGCUCUCCAUCCAAUGUCCUGUUUAUGAAAGUGGCUGACAGAGAAUAUUUUCUCAUUGGGGAAACCAGUCUGGAAAUUGAAAGGUGGUUCAAAGCCUUAUAUGAUGCUAUGAGUAAUCGUCCACACAAACUGCUUGAUCCUAAGGAAACUGGAAGAAUCAGAGACAUCAGUGCACCUCCAAAUUCACUAAAGAAAGACCAGGUUAUAGAGGAUUGAGUGGAGACUGGAUGCAAGUUCAGACUCUGACAUGCCCUCACCCAAAGAAGAUCAACAUGAAUAAGGAGUAGGUAGGCACCAAAUACAUGCAUACAUUUGCCUUAUUAUCCUUUUCAAGACCUUCCAUUGAUAUAAUUGUCUAAUUGUUACUUAUUAGUUAAUAAUGAGUUAAUUAAUGCUGAGCUACACCCCAGUAACGAAAAGGAAACCUUUACACAUGCACACACGCACAUACACACGCACACAUGCACACACGCACACACACACACACACACACACACACAUGUACGCACAUACACAUACACACACACUCUGCAUUUAUGGAGAAGAUUCAGACUACAGAAGCAACUACAUGGACAUGAACAAGUGCAAGGUCAUUUAAUUAUGUGAUCAUAUUUCUGUAAUUCUGCUUUGUCUGUGUUUUUUGUUUUUAAUGUCACUAAGCUGAAGUGAAGGCAAGCUGAAGAACAGAGUCCCAGAAGAUGCCACUGUGUGUAGAUAUUCUGAAAAAAUUUGACCUUAGUCACUGGGUUUAGCGAAAUGGUUACAGUAAUAUUAACAAUGAUGAUCAUGAAUAAGUAACUCAUCAAUUUAAUAUGUUAGGAAAAAACCUGGUAGUCUUUAUCACAAUGCAUCACUGUGAAUGUAUUUAUGUAGAAAUGUGUGUUUCUACCAAGGUUUCAGAACCAUUUGACGAACUAAGAUAUGAUCAUUUGUAUGAUACAAAUAAUUCAAGAUAGCAUAAGUAAAAAAUAGAAUUAAAGUAAUUAGGAAAUGAUCAAUAUACAGUAUAUAUUAUAUUUAUUAAAAUGUUGUUUGCUGUGAUUGAUUAUGUCUCAUAUUCAAUGGUCUUAGUGUCUGCAUCUGAAAUGAGCUGAAAAUUAACUUUAGGUAAUGAAUCUUACUGUCUAGAGAUUGCCCAUUAAUCUCUAUAUAUAAUUAAGACAUGCUAAUGUGUCACCAUUGGAUCAUCUGAUCCAAAACGCAUUAUACCCUACCCUAUUAUACCUUUUGUCAGACCAAAAAGGCUUAGCUGUUCAAGCUGGUAAACCAUCUUUCCUUAUAAAUGACAAAUUGAUUAACAAAUGUUUGAGAUUUUGCUAUUUUCUUAAAAAUGACUUUUCUACAAUUAGUAGUAGUAAAAAAGAACCUUUCUACCAGUUCUUAUCAGCUGCAAAAUAUGCUCUACUAGUUUGAACAGCUUGUCCUGUAUUUUAGAAGCUGGUAGCUGGUCACACUAACUGGUUGCACUUAUUCAGCAGGUUGUUUGUUUUACAUGUACAGCAUUUGGCAGACACCCCUUAUCCAGAGCGACAUAUAUUUAUCUCAUUUAUACAACUGAACAAUUGAAGGUUGAGGGCCUUGCCCAAGGGCCCAACAAUAGUAGCUUGGCUGGGGCUUGAACUCCUGACCUUCUGAUCAGUAACCCAGAGUCUUUAACCACUGAGCCACCACUGCCCAUAUGUCAUGGAUAUGUCAUGGAUAUGUCAAGGAACUGUGGACUUCAGUUCCCAGGAUCUAUUGCACCUCUGCAUCACUGACUACGUUUACAUGGACAGCAGUAAUCUAAUUAUUGACCUUAUUCUGAGUAAGACAGUAUUGUGAUUAAGCUGUUUACAUGAGUCGCUUUUAGAAUAUUCCUUUCGUGUUCCUGUUUUAAAAGUUAUAGAACAUAGAUCGAUUAACGGCACACGUCAUUACAUCACAGCGCCACACCGUCCAAUGUUACCUCCAGAAUUUCACGUACUGACAUACAGUUCGUCUUUGUUUUGAUGCCGUAUACAGUUUUAGGUGUUUUUAUUUUUAAUUUUACAAAAGCCUCAAGUGCAGUCAAUUAUAAGUCAUGCUAUACGUGCAAAUAGACGACUGCUUGAAGCCAUGGGCUGAGUCCCAAACCGUGUACUUACCUACUAUAUAGUAGCCGAGAUAUAUGUAUUUCGCCUACUAUGUACAUGUAUUUCACUAUAUAUAAGUUAAGUAUGCGGUUUCGGAGGCAGUCAUGCUCUCUUGUUUGCCGUAAAACGGUUGAUCACUGCCGUGUGUGUACGUGUCCUGUCGCAAAAUGCAGUGAAAACUCCCACACGACGUUAAUAGUGUGAUUAAGCUGUGUACAUGUCUGUAAUGCACUUCGAUAAUGCGACUAAAACAGGAAUACUCCUUAUGUCUUAAUCCGAUUAGUGUUUACUUCGAGUAUGACUUUAAUCGGAUUAAGGUCACCAAUAAUCACUGUUUACACGAUAGUUUCUUAAUCAGAGUAUUGUCUUAAUCAGGUUAAUAUCGGAGUAUUGUUGUCUAUGUAAACAUUCUGAGUGUCACAUGACCACCUGCACCUGGUUCUCAUUCAUGUUAACCACUUGUGCGUAUAUAGUCACAGUUUGAACUGCACUCAUUGUCUUGCUUUGAUUGUCUUCUAUUGCCACGUUAUGCUCUCUCGUCUCAUAUGUAUUGUUUGUUUUCAUUUUCAUGUGUUCAUUGUCUCUUCUGGUGUUUUGUUUUUAUAUUGAUUAAACUUUAAAUUUGCACUUA